UCGCCCAGUUCUGCGGUCGCCGCCACCUUCGCUGCCUCUUCCUUCUCCUGCCGGUGCGGUAGGGCCGCGCCGGCAGCGGCGCAGCUCUAGGCGGACGGCUGGGCCCGCGCGGCUGCUGAGCGCUCGGCGCGGCGCCGUGACAGGUGCAGAGUCUGGUCGGAAGACCCACCUGCGGCGGCUGCCGGGAUGCCCACCAUGCGGAGGACCGUGUCGGAGAUCCGCUCCCGCGCGGAGGGUUAUGAGAAGACCGAUGAUGUUUCAGAGAAGACUUCCUUGGCUGACCAGGAGGAAGUAAGGACUAUAUUCAUCAACCAGCCCCAGCUGACAAAAUUCUGCAAUAACCACGUCAGCACUGCGAAAUACAACAUAAUCACAUUCCUUCCGAGAUUUCUCUACUCUCAGUUCAGAAGAGCCGCGAAUUCAUUUUUUCUCUUUAUUGCACUGCUGCAGCAAAUACCUGAUGUAUCACCAACAGGUCGCUACACAACACUGGUUCCACUCUUAUUUAUUUUAGCUGUGGCAGCCGUCAAAGAGAUAAUAGAAGAUAUUAAACGACAUAAAGCUGAUAAUGCAGUGAACAAGAAACAGACACAAGUUUUGAGAAAUGGUGCUUGGGAAAUUGUGCACUGGGAAAAGGUAAAUGUUGGAGAUAUAGUUAUAAUAAAAGGCAAAGAGUAUAUACCUGCUGACACUGUACUUCUCUCAUCAAGUGAGCCCCAGGCCAUGUGCUACAUUGAAACAUCCAACUUAGAUGGGGAAACAAACCUGAAAAUUAGGCAGGGCUUACCAGCAACAUCUGAUAUAAAAGACAUUGACAGUUUGAUGAGAAUUUCUGGCAGAAUUGAGUGUGAAAGUCCAAACAGACAUCUCUAUGAUUUUGUUGGAAACAUAAGGCUUGACGGACACAGCACUGUUCCCCUGGGAGCAGAUCAGCUGCUUCUUCGAGGCGCUCAGUUGAGGAAUACACAGUGGGUUCAUGGAAUAGUUGUCUACACUGGACAUGACACCAAGCUGAUGCAGAACUCAACAAGUCCACCACUUAAACUCUCAAAUGUAGAACGGAUUACAAAUGUACAAAUUUUGAUUUUAUUUUGUAUCUUGAUUGCCAUGUCUCUUGUCUGUUCUGUGGGUUCAGCCAUUUGGAAUCGAAGGCAUUCUGGAAAGGACUGGUAUCUCAAUCUAAACUAUGGUGGUGCUAAUAAUUUUGGACUGAAUUUCUUGACCUUCAUCAUCCUGUUCAACAAUCUCAUUCCUAUCAGUUUGUUGGUUACAUUAGAAGUGGUGAAAUUUACUCAAGCCUACUUCAUAAAUUGGGAUCUUGACAUGCACUAUGAACCUACAGACACUGCUGCUAUGGCUCGAACAUCUAAUCUAAACGAGGAACUUGGCCAGGUAAAAUACAUAUUUUCUGACAAAACUGGGACUUUGACGUGCAAUGUAAUGCAGUUUAAGAAGUGCACCAUCGCUGGAGUUGCUUAUGGCCAUAUCCCUGACCCUGAGGAUUAUGGUGGCUCUCCUGAUGAAUGGCAGAGCUCACAGUUUGGAGAUGAAAAAACAUUUAGUGAUUCAUCAUUGCUGGAAAACCUCCAAAAUAAUCAUCCAACUGCACCUAUAAUUUGUGAGUUUCUUACAAUGAUGGCCGUUUGUCACACAGCAGUACCAGAGCGAGAAGGUGAUAAGAUUAUUUACCAAGCUGCAUCUCCAGAUGAAGGAGCCUUGGUCAGAGCAGCCAAGCAACUGAAUUUUGUCUUCACUGGAAGGACACCUGACUCAGUGAUUAUAGAUUCACUGGGGCAGGAAGAAAGAUACGAAUUACUCAAUGUCUUAGAGUUCACCAGUGCUAGAAAAAGAAUGUCAGUGAUUGUUCGCACUCCAUCCGGGAAGUUACGACUUUACUGCAAGGGAGCCGACACUGUGAUUUAUGACCGACUGGCAGAGACUUCAAAAUACAAAGAAAUUACCCUAAAACAUUUAGAGCAGUUUGCUACAGAAGGGUUGAGAACUCUGUGUUUCGCCGUGGCUGAGAUUUCAGAGAGCGACUUUCAGGAGUGGCGAGCAGUCUACCAGCGCGCGUCCACAUCUGUGCAGAACAGGCUGCUGAAACUGGAAGAGAGCUACGAGUUAAUCGAAAAGAAUCUUCAGCUACUUGGAGCUACAGCCAUUGAGGAUAAAUUACAAGAUCAAGUGCCUGAAACCAUAGAAACUCUAAUGAAAGCCGACAUCAAAAUCUGGAUCCUUACGGGAGACAAGCAGGAAACGGCCAUUAACAUUGGACAUUCCUGCAAACUUUUGAGGAAGAACAUGGGAAUGAUUGUUAUAAAUGAAGGCUCUCUUGAUGCAACGAGGGAAACUCUCAGCCGUCACUGCACUACACUAGGUGACGCCCUUCUGAAGGAGAAUGACUUUGCUCUCAUCAUCGAUGGGAAGACCCUCAAGUACGCCUUAACCUUUGGAGUGCGCCAGUAUUUCCUGGAUUUGGCUUUGUCGUGCAAAGCUGUGAUUUGCUGCAGGGUUUCUCCACUUCAAAAAUCUGAAGUCGUUGAGAUGGUUAAAAAACAAGUUAAAGUCAUAACCCUUGCCAUCGGGGAUGGAGCAAAUGACGUCAGCAUGAUCCAGACGGCACACGUGGGGGUUGGGAUCAGCGGCAACGAAGGCCUUCAGGCGGCUAAUUCCUCCGAUUACUCCAUAGCGCAGUUCAAGUAUUUGAAGAAUUUAUUGAUGGUUCAUGGUGCCUGGAACUAUAACAGAGUCUCCAAGUGCAUUUUGUACUGCUUCUACAAGAACAUUGUCCUCUACAUCAUCGAGAUCUGGUUUGCCUUUGUUAAUGGCUUUUCUGGACAGAUCCUCUUUGAGAGAUGGUGCAUAGGUCUUUAUAACGUGAUGUUUACAGCAAUGCCGCCCUUAACUCUGGGAAUAUUUGAGAGGUCAUGCAGAAAAGAGAAUAUGUUGAAAUAUCCUGAAUUAUACAAAACGUCUCAGAACGCCCUGGACUUCAACACCAAGGUUUUCUGGGUUCAUUGUUUAAAUGGCCUCUUCCACUCCGUUAUUCUGUUUUGGUUUCCACUAAAAGCCCUUCAGUAUGGUACUGUGUUCGGGAACGGGAGAACCUCCGAUUACCUGCUGUUGGGCAACUUUGUUUACACUUUUGUGGUGAUAACUGUGUGUUUGAAAGCUGGAUUGGAGACAUCGUAUUGGACGUGGUUCAGCCACAUCGCGAUCUGGGGCAGCAUCGCACUCUGGGUGGUGUUUUUUGGAAUCUACUCAUCUCUGUGGCCUGCUGUUCCGAUGGCCCCCGAUAUGUCAGGAGAGGCAGCCAUGUUGUUUAGUUCCGGAGUCUUUUGGACCGGCCUCUUAUUUAUCCCUGUGGCAUCUUUGCUUCUUGAUGUGGUGUACAAAGUUAUCAAAAGGACUGCUUUUAAAACAUUAGUAGAUGAAGUUCAGGAGCUGGAGGCAAAAUCUCAAGACCCAGGAGCAGUUGUGCUUGGAAAAAGCCUCACCGAGAGGGCGCAACUGCUCAAGAACGUCUUUAAGAAGAACCAUGUGAACUUGUACCCGUCGGAAUCAUUGCAGCAAAACCUGCUCCACGGGUAUGCUUUCUCUCAAGAUGAAAAUGGAAUCGUCUCCCAGUCUGAAGUGAUUAGAGCGUAUGACACCACAAAGCAGAGACCCGAUGAAUGGUGACGGGGAGGGGCUGCGAGGCCAGCUCUGCUGUGUCUCUAAGGAGUGCUCCCAGGUCUUCGGUGGAAUCUGCUGACCCAUUCCAGUCUGGCCCCAGGAGGGGAAAUGGAUCUGAGCGCAUCUCACUGAUUGACAUUCAGAUUCAUGUAUAUUAUAGACAUAAGCACUGUGCAACUAUACUGUAACACCAUCUCUUUCAGAUUUUCUAAAGUAUUUGCUAAGUCUUUGUAAACAGAAAUGGAAAAUGACCUUGUAUCUUGCCAGAGUGUUUCCUUAAACUGAGAACAGGUCAGUAUUCUUAUGCUGUUGCUCUGGGGCUGUAACUGUCAGUGUACUGGAUAUGCUACAAGGUGACCAGCCAUUCGAAGUCUCUAAAAUGGUAGUAAGUUAAAGGGACUCUUGAAACCCAGUUUUAGAUUUCAGAAUAUGCUGAAGAAAAAAAAAAAAAAACCAGCAUUCUUAAGGAACUGACUCGCUGAGCAAAAUUUCUAAACAAGACAUUAAUAAUAAGUGUUUGUGUCAAAAAUUGUCUUGAUAAAUGUUUGCCAAAGAAGUUCAAUAAAUGUAUUUCUCAUUCAGUA